UAUAAUAAUUAUAAUUAAAUGAAUUGCAAUAAUCUGAUUGAAGUAACAUACAGUAGGAUGUUAUCCUAUUAUCAAUUAAUGAGCAAGCAUCCCGGAGCGCUUUGCAUAAAUUGAUCCUACAGGACUAGAUUAAAGCAAUAACCUAAUCAAAAAGAAAAGUCUUCAGUGGAGCCGUGGAAAUAUCAUCUCUUUCUGCACUGUACUGGGGAGAGAACUCCAGAACUGGGGAGCAUUGAGGAACAUAGGGACUACCAAAAGGUCUGCGGCCAAGGACAUUGUGAGUAAGAAACUCACUUACAUAAACAGGUCCAAGGCCAUGGAUUAACUUAUAAGAUUUAAUUAGCUGACAUAGUAGAAAAUACCUCAUCCUUUUUAGAUAUUGUACAGAUGAAAGUGAUUUUUGUCUACUAUGGUACAAUCAUUUAUUAUAUUCUGUUUCUUAUAUUUAACUCAGAAGGCAGUAAUAGCUUUGCACGAUGGUCCCAAGAAGUGAAUACCAAGACAAGGAGAGGGAUUCUAAAAAGAGCUGUCUUUUCAGAGGAACAGAGAAAAGACCUGGAGAAAACCUUUCACAAGCAGAAAUACAUCAGCAAAACAGAUAGAAACAAACUUGCAGAACACCUCGGACUGAAGGAGUCACAGGUGAAGAUCUGGUUCCAGAACCGAAGGAUGAAGUGGAGAAACUCUAAAGAAAAAGAAACCUUCUGCCAUAAAUCUUGUGAAGAAGAAGAAGAAGAUAAUUUGCUGGAGAGUGAAUUACUCAAUGAAUUCACCAUUUGUGCAGCAGCAGCUGCGGAAGCUGAAGACUCACAAAUCACAGUCCAUUGCACCAAAGGGAACUCGUUUGCAUUCCAGCAAGGACUCCAGCAAGGAUGCAGCUCUGAAAACAGAGCCAUCAGAGAAAGAGUUCUGUUUAUCCCUGCUCAACACCAAGACAUGAACAUCCUACCAUCUGAUUAAAACUGACAGGAAAAAGAAUGGCUUUCUGAAGCACUUCAUUAGAUCAAAAAGGAAACCUAACUAAUAAACAGUUUACACAUGAAGACAGAUUUUACUGUGUUACCUCUCCCUUUACUUCAGCUUAACAUUUCAAGCAAGAUGUCGUUUCAACAUAAGGAACAGUGCGGUAAUUCACAAUGACGUUAUCUUCUUUUUUAUUCUUUGAGAUGUAAAGCUUUAGGUAUAGCUCUUUACUGACCUCUGCUGGCAGACCUGAAAAAAAAUAUUGAAAAGGUUUUUGUUGUGAACAUUGCCCUGA